AUGAGAUGUAUCGAGAGCGCGCGGCGACCACGUAACGGUUCGACGGGUCGCUGUACAUCGCUCGUCUCACACGGACACGGAGCGAGGAGCGGCUGGCGGGCCGGCGAUGGACGACGAACACAUUCCUUAAAACCAGUGGGAGCGGCGCAGGCCCGCUACCACGGUAAAGAGAUCGGUCGUCUGUCGGAGCUACAUCACUCAGUACGAGGGAGAGUGUUCGCUGUGGACUCGAGAACAUUGUACCUGCAUGACUUUACAUAUGACGGAGAGGGACCAGCCGCUUACUUCUACGUGGGGACGUCCAAGACCCCGAGCGCGACGGGGGCGACACGGGUCCGAGACGAGCGCGGCAUGGACAGUCCUCUGAGAAGAUACCAGGGGGAGGGACUUACAGUGUCACUGCCAGAGGGAAAGACGCUCAAGGAUGUCUCCUGGUUCGCCGUCUGGUGUGAUGAAUACUCGAUCAACUUCGGUUCCGUGAUGAUCCCUCGUUCCCUGGAGUACCCCAAGCCCGCUCGUCUCUCCCCCCUGCGCGGGGUCCACGGCGUGUGGUCCGAGCCUCUGGUCGUUGUGGACGCUCAGACCUUACUUGUACCGAACUUCUCAUACGAUGGAGAGGCGCCCGAUGCUAAGUUCUGGGUCGGUCGUGGUGACAACCCUUCCCCCGCCGGCAUCAGGAUUCCCGAUGAAAAUGGAAAGGAGUCGCCUCUGAGGAAGUACUCCAACAAGACUAUAGUGCUCACCUUACCUGGGGAGCUGACCGUGUUCGACAUCGGUCACUUUGCGGUGUGGUGCGAGGCGUUCACGGUCAACUUCGGUCACGUGGUGUUGUCCAGGUCAGCCCUCACCAACGUCCCGCCCAGCCUCAAGAUGCUCGGAGUAUCGCCGCAGGUUGGUAUUCAGAUAUAUUCAAUAGACACGUACUUUUAG